AUGGACAAUCCCUACCCAUUCAUGGGCGAGCCAAUGAAUGUCCACCUUGUCGCACACAAAGCCCACACCAAAGAUCCCCUCUACAGUUUCUCGUCGUACGGUGGCUUCACAGAUAUAACGUCUGCACCCAUGAUCGGUGACAUGUUCUUCCCCACCAAAAAAGAACCCAGCGAAGAGCAAGAGAUAGCGGCCACGGUGCUGCUAUAUAAAGCCAUUGAUUGCGGUCAGAUCCCCAGCAACCAUCGAGCGAAGAACGUGUUCGGCUUCGACAGCUGCGAAUCUCGGGUGCAAGAAAUGUGCCUUUUGGAGGCCUACAGACGUGUCAAGAGCAAAGGAGUUCACCACGAGCUCUUGGAUUCGUGGCGCACCAAGGCAACGAUGGAAACCCAUAUUGGCAAGAUCCUUCGUGCAUCAAUGGAUCAGCAUCCACCAAUGCCGGCCUAUAACCAGCUUCAAGCUCUUGAGAUCCUACGAGGUCUUGACCGUGAAAUGGAAGGCCGGGCCUCAACUUGGACCACCUACGAACGAUUGUUGCGAAGCAAAAUGGAAGACUACGACGCUUGUAUCAAAUGCGGUGCCACACAUACCACCAGCACUCCGGGCGUUAAGCCUCUGAAUCGCUGUGGACGAUGCAAGAAAGUUUUCUACUGCAGCAAGGAGUGCCAAAAGCAGGACUGGAAUGUUCACAAGGGUGCUUGCAGAUCCGAACAUGAAAUUCCCAGAGCGGCUUCCAAUGACGAAUAG